CUGGAGGCCUAAUUUCCUAAAAUGUACUCUGCACCUCUCAACGACUACCUUGAGGAUGCCAGGUACAGCCUGAGUGAGCGUGACACUGAAUUCUCCCGCUUCCUACGGAGUACACGAAGCUGGGGCUUAAGGAUACUGAUAGGAAGUUGGGGAAGCGGAUUUCAAACCCACCACUGCUAAUCUUCAGCAUCUCUUUCUUUGCGUGCUACGGCAGUAGUAGGCGACGAAGAUGGACAAGUUAGAAGCCAAAACCUUCACAACAAGCCGCUCACUCGAAUAUGCCUAUUACACCUCCCCAAGCAAAACCGACAGCAAGAACCACCCAGCAUUGCUCUUCUGCCAUGGCUUUCCCGACAGCGCAUUCCUGUGGAACGACGUGAUAGCUCGUCUGAAAGAUCUCCCAUACAAGAUCAUUGCUCCGGACAUGCUCGGCUAUGCUGGCACAUCCAAGCCCCUCGACACUGCACUGUAUGCCUACAGCGGAAUGGCCGACGACCUGCGAGAAAUACUGGACGCCGAAGGCAUUGGCAAAGUCAUCGCCAUUGGGCACGACUGGGGCGCCGUCAUGGCCCAACGGUUCUACCCUUUCUACCCAGAUCGUGUGGCUGGAAUUGUGUUGUUGAACGUCCCCUACCAUCCGCCAUCGAAGCCUGGGGACCCUAAAUUCGACCUGCAAGCGAUCAACAGUCUCCUCAAAGAGAUGUUCGGUGCCCCGCUCUGGACCUAUUGGGGCUUCUUUACAGCAGAGGAUGGUCCACGCUUGAUGCGCGAGAAUCUUGAAAGAGUAUACGAAGCGCAACAUGGCGAUGUGCAAGACUGGGUGUUCAAGAUGUUCUGUGUGCCGGGAGCGUGGAGAACCUAUCUCACCGGGACGGAGAGCGUGCCGUUGAAGGCGUAUGCGAAAGAAAAGAGGUGGAGGGAUUCAUUCUUGAACCAGUUUGAGAAAGACGGGUUUGAAGCACCGGUGCAGUGGUAUAGGGCUAUGAUUGAGAAUGUGCAGUACGAGGUUGAGUGCAAGAUCCCACUAGAAAGACACAAGGUUGAUGUUCCAGUUUUGUUUGUUGGGUGUACGCAGGAUGCGAAUAAUCGCGCUGAUUUGAUUGAAAUACCGCAAAAAGCUGGAUUGUUACCUGAUCUUGAAGUGAAGGUGUUGGAUUGUGGACACUGGAGUCCGAUGGAAAAGCCUGGGGAGGUCUCGACUUGUAUUCGGGAAUUCUUGACGAGUAGAUUCUAAAGGUUUGAGCAUCCAAUGGAAAUCAUAUUAUAGAAUUGA